AUGGCGAGCCAUAGAGUACAGCAACUGCCCCUGCGACGACCGGCGACCGCCGUCCGAGAACGCUCGGACACGGACCCGGACGACAGGUUCCAUCGUGGGCGUAGGGUCCGGCCUCCGUCCCGCUACAACAAGCCUCCUCCGCGCACAAGAUCGCCGUCGCAAAGCCCGCCGUCCACAGAGCAAGACGAAACUGCGAGUCGCAAUGACGAAAAUACGCCAGAAUCCCGAUCCCCGUCGCCUGCGCCGGCCAAAUACCGCCCCAUCGUCACGGUCGACUGGCGCAGCGAGCUUUGUCGCUUCCUUCACCUGUCGAACCAAAUCACGGACAACGAAAUCUUUGAAGCACUAGCAGAAACGGAGGGGAAGUUGAGGGAUGCCGAAAGGCUCAAAUACCAGUACGCGGUGGACCCAGGUCCACCGCGAUCACAGGUCAUACACAGGAUAGACUGUCAACAUGAAGAGACAAGUAUGAUCUACCUGGAUGAACCGUGGCCCGUCGAGAGUGGCCCGUAUCAUGCACACCUCAGAGGCAGCCGGCCGGUUGCAAACCUUGAGCUUUACCUCGAGCGCAACAAGAACAUCAGUUUCCUUGUGUUUCGGGAAUACCGAUGCUGCCAUCGCUCGAUUAGAUGGCAAAGCAUGAUCGAUACCAACCAAUCCACUACCACUGACCUGUCGCUCUUCUUCAGUGGAGAGUACAUUGAUCUCAAUUCACCCGAUGCACGUCUUGCUUUGGAGACAUUGUCAGAGCUGGCAUUGGCUGGCAUUCAUCAUCCACAUUUUGAUGACAACGAUGGAACUGCUAAAAGUAUCUCCUAUCCGUACCUCUGGUGGUUCCAUCGUCGUCAUGAGAUUGCCUUGUCGAAGUCGGCAAUGGACCCCACUCUCCAGCAGCAUGUCGAAGUCCUUCAAACGUACAUGGAAGAUCGCUUGCAGCCAGAGUGGACAGCUGUUGACGACCUGACUGCAAAGGGGAAGAUAACUUUAGACUUGUUGAGAUACAUAUAUGUGCCGAACGACAUUAUUAUAUCACAGACCAGAGGCAAGAAUGUCUCACAAUUGACAGCAUCCACUGCCAUAGACUGGCUAUCGAUAGAUACCGUGAUCAAGGAUUCGAAGUACCUCAGAGCAGUGAUUCUAGUUGAAGUUUGGAAUUUUGAUGGUUCCUUUCACAAGGCAGUCAACAGAUGGCCACUAGACUACGCUCCGGUCGACUCAUGGUCAGAGAGUUUCGACAUAACAAGCCUUUCAGUUUAUCCGGCCCGUUUUGCCAAGAAUAGUGUCGUCGAAGGGCUUCGAGGCCGUGGGAAGAUGUUUUGGGCAUGCCGCCAUCGAAAAUACGUCUCCUACGUCAAGGAAGUCUACGACGCUGCAAAUCCUCUGAACGGAUCAAGGUUCAUGGUCGAUUUGGAGACGUACAAGAAGAUGCAUCCGACCCCUCAACCACCACAACCACAGCAAGCCCCCCGCAAGUCAUCUAAUCAGAAAGAAAUUCCGCCAUUGGAUUUGAUGAGCGAUAUUCCGCCCGCAGAUGACACUUUCUUGAUGUGUCUUCCAUCUACAAUGAAAGGUUUCGACAUGGAUUCGAAAACGUGGAGUGAGAGCCCCCUCGUCGGCCAAGUCCUGCAUGAGUUUCUAGUUGCUAAUAGUCUGAUAGGAACUUUGGAAGUAACCUUUAUGCAAGACGUGGUUUGGAAUCGAGAAGCGUUCGAAGACUUGGUUAUCGAACCGAAGACCAAAGACUUGGUCAAAGCUGUGGUUAUGAACCGCCUGACAUCUGAUGAAAACACGGAUUUGAUACACGGAAAGGGCAAUGGACUUUUUAUACUUCUUCAUGGUGUCGCGGAGAUAGCCGAAAAACCGCUUUACAAGGUCACUUGUGGUGACGUCGGAACGAAGCCUGACGAGGUAGAGGAGUACCUGAAAGUGGUAACCCUUCUUGGGAAGACAUGGGAUUGUGUGGUUCUCCUAGACGAAGCCGAUGUGUUCUUGGAACAGCGUUCGCUCUCCAAUCUGAAAAGAAAUGCACUGGUCUCAGUGUUCUUAAGAGUGCUCGAAUACUACGAUGGAAUCAUGAUCUUGACAACAAACCGGGUUGGGACUUUUGACGAGGCCUUCAAAUCCAGAAUUCAACUGAAUCUACGUUACAACAACUUGGAUGAGGAGAAACGGUUCAAGAUUUGGACUAAUUCCAUACGGCGGCUUGAGUUAAAGCUCAAAACUCAAGACAAAAAACCCUACGAUUACGGGAUCGACUCGGACAGUAUUCAAAGCCAGCUGCGAAGCCUCGCUGCUGAGAAUCUCAACGGUAGAGAGAUUCGGAACGCGAUCUCCACGGCCCGACAGCUUUCUUUGUUCAAGCGGGAGGCGUUGCAUUACGAUCACUUAAGCAGUGUUAUAAGUGAAGCGCAGAACUUUGAGAAAUAUCUUGUCAAGCUCCAUCAAGGGCACUCAGCUGAUGAAAUCCAGCAUGAUCUGGAGGCAAGAUGA